UGAAAGAGGUCGCAGUUCACCAAAUAGCUCGCGACGUUAAUCUUCUGAAAAUAUAUAUUUCGGCUUUCGGUGUGAUUUAUAUCCAGUUCUGUAGCCAGAUAUCUUCGGAAUGACGUGAUUCGUUACAGCUCCAUUGGCUUAGCUCACCUUUCCUGUGGUGCAAUACAGUCCAGCCAUGGAUAAGAUUUUGGAAGCACUGGUCAGCUCCUCUCAUCCUCUGACUGUCAAACGGGCUAUUGUGAAAAAAGUCAUGGAGGCUGCAGAAAAGGAAGUGACCGAGGAGCAGUGCCAGGCCUUGUACCAUCUCACCACCCGCCUUAUUCUCCUGGGCGAGGAUGCUUUUCAGCGACAGGUUGGCCUCCAAGUGCAAGAAGCGUACGCACGUUACCAUCGUGAUGAGUUUGCCCGCUUCUUCAGCAAGGAAUGCGUACUUGGUCUCCUACAGCAGGGCUAUGGCUCUUUGGACUGCAGAGACCCUGCCAUCUUGGACUUUCUACACGGUUCCCUUCGACUGCUCAUCAGCUGCCCGGCUGUGUUGGAAUUGGCACCAUUGCUUCAGACGGAGGUCCUACGCAUCAUCUGUGAACGGCCAGAACCAGCAACUUGUGCCAAGCUGGCCACCAUACUGACGGACUUCCCUCAGUGCGUCCCUCGAGAGAAGGCUGGAGUUCUUUUUUGUCAGCAGCUUGUGCGCACCUUUGCGUAUUUCCACUGUCCUGCCACUGAAGAGCGGGAGUUGCGGGAGUAUGUGACUCAGGUGACCAGGGUGAGCGUGCUGCUGCAAGGCAUCUGGAAGGCCGAGCCGGCCACGCUGCUACCGUCACUGCAGGAGGUGUUUGCCAUCAUCUCAUCCACAGACCCUUCAUUUGAACCCUCCAUUGCUCUAGCAUGCCUGGUCCAGCACAUCCCUCUGCAAAUGAUCACAGUCCUCAUCAAAAGCCUCACCACUGACCAGAAUGUUAAAGAUGCCAGUAUGACACAAGCACUCUGCAGGAUGAUUGACUGGUUGUCCUGGCCUCUAGCCAAUCAUGUGGACACUUGGGUCAUUGCUUUAUUAAAGGGACUUGCUGCUGUUCAAAAGUUCACCAUCCUCAUAGAUGUCACACUGCUCAAAAUUGAACAGGUCUUUAAUCGUCUUUGGUAUCCUAUUGUGAGACAGGGAGCGCUGGUGGUUCUUUCACAUAUGCUGCUUAGUUUCCAGCACUCUCCUGAAGCCUUCCACUUAGUGGUUCCUCAUAUAGUCCCACUUGUAAAGUCUUUGAAGAACGAUGGCCUUCCCAACAGCAAAACCUUCCUGCUGCAAUUUGCAGAACUUGUCCACUGCAUGAUGUACCAGUAUUCCGGCUUCCCAGACCUCUAUGACAACAUUCUUGAAUCCAUUAAAGAACUACCUAAACCUAAUGAGGAGAAGAUCAAAUUUGUUCUGAACCAAAGUGCCUGGACCUCUCAGUCAAAUUCAUUUGCCUCAGGCCUGCUUAAGAUCACAGGAAAAUCAGAAACGGGGAAGACGGGACUUGUGAAUCUGGGCAACACCUGCUACAUGAACAGCAUCAUCCAAAUUUUAUUUAUGGCUACAGAUUUCAGACGGCAUGUUAUGUCUCUGCAUUUGAAUGGCUGCAACACCCUCAUGAAGAAGCUCCAGCUUCUAUUUGCCUUCUUGGCCCACACACAGAGAGCAGCAUAUUCUCCAAGGAGUUUUUUGGAGGUUUCUCGGCCACCAUGGUUUACAGCUGGAUCCCAGCAAGACUGCUCAGAGUAUUUGCGCUUUCUGCUGGACAGGUUGCAUGAAGAAGAGAAGACUCUUUCAGCCCUUCAGGUGACCAGCCCAAAACCUGAACCUGCAACCACUUCUGCUGAAACUCUUCAAGCUGCUGCAAGUCAGCCGGUCGCUGAUAUGCCAUCACAUCCAGAUCCUGUGGCAGCCAAUGGAGAUGGUCGCACUCUAGUGGAGCGUAUGUUUGGUGGUCGACUCUCUACAGCCAUCCGCUGCCUGCAGUGCCACAGCCUGUCAGAAAAAGAGGAGCCAUUUACAGACCUCUCUCUUGCCUUCUGCCCCUCGAUGUCCAAGUGCCACGGUCCCACCGAUGAGCACAAAAGCUCCUCCUCUGUGGGACCCUGCCAAGGGGCGGUGAAUGGAGGCAGUGAAUCCUCAGAGGGCUCAGUAAAAGAAGGUGCAGGAACCAGGAUGGAGAGGCCGGUGGUGGAGCCCACACUGUCUGCACCAGAUUUAGUCGACUACUUCCUGGCUCCAGAAAUCCUAGAGAAUGAGAACUGCUACUUCUGUGAACGCUGCGCCUCACUGCAGAGGGCCAAGAAGGUCAUGCAGGUGGUGGUGGCACCGGAGUACCUCAUUCUGACUUUGCUGCGCUUCUCGUACGAUGCCACCUGCCACGUCCGCCGCAAGAUCCUGGACAAUGUAGGCAUUCCGCUGCACAUGAGCCUACCUUUACGCCAAUACGGUAUCUCCGCUUCAUCAUCCUCCUCAGCUGCAGCUACAUCUUCCUCAUCUGACUCCCCCGACAGUGGUGAGAAUCUAGCUAAGAAGCUCAAGCCUUCUCAAAUGGAGGAUGGGAUGAUGGAAAACAGAAUAAAUAGUGAGACACAUGACAGCGAUUCAGAGAUGCUGUCAGUGCCGUAUGUUUUGAGUUCUGUUGUAGUGCAUUCUGGAAUGUCCUCUGAGAGCGGUCACUACUACUCGUAUGGAAGGAAUGUGAGUAGCACUGAUGGUUAUGUAGCUCACCCAUGUCCUAAGACCCUGGAAAGCUCCAGCCUAUCAGAGAGCUCGACCGACACACAUGAGGAAAUGGGAUGUGCUGAGCACAAGUCCAUGGACUGGUUCUUGUUUAAUGACAGCCGAGUGUCUUUUACAAACUUUGAAUCAUUGCAGAAUGUCACCAGUCGCUUCCCUAAGGACACAGCCUAUGUCCUGAUCUACAGGAAACAAGAGGUCAGUGGACAACCAAGCAAUUCAGGGCCAGUUGUAAAUGGCUCAAGACUGAGUGGAGAGCCACCCCUGCAGAAAGAGCUGAUGGAUGCCAUUACCAAAGACAACAAACUCUUCCUACAGGAGCAGGAGCUGAAUGCCAGAGCUCGGGCUCUUCAAGCAACCUCUGCUUCUUGCUCAUUCCGACCCAAUGGUUCUGAUGACAACGAUCCCCCUGGCAGCUGUGGACCCUCAGGUGGGGGUGGAGGAGGGGGCUUCAAUACCAUCAGCAGACUCGUCUUCUAAGGAAGAGUCACAGACAUACUCGGAGCACUGGACAGUCCCACUGACAACACUGGACUCCAUUUGUUUUGCCCUAAUUGCCCACAAUGUGGAUAAGUGUGCCACCUCAGAACAGAUGUCUUAAUUUUUCUGGUUUGCGUGCUUUUUCCCAUUUCCCACAUUGACGUUAAUUUACAUUGACGUUCAUUUGAAAUUAAUUGAAGCACUUUGAGUACUAUAGGUCAGAAAUGGGCAUGCAAUAAAUUUGUACAGAAUACAGUAAUAAUUACGUUCUCAUCCUGGAAUCUUAAUUGUUUCAGUUUCUAAACAGAAAUCUUUAGAGAAUGGUUUUAAAAAUUCAAGCAAAUAUUUUUGGACCAUACUAUACAGUGAACUACUUGCAUUAAUAUUUUAAUUGAAAGUUUUUCAACUUCUGGUUUGAGGAUUACAGUUAUAUCUGUUUAGUCAAUUAUUUAAUUACAAUUAAGUUAUUUUAUUCAUUCAGGGAAU